UGGCACGACUUUCUUUUUCGUGUUAUUUUAUGUAUUGUUUUCUCAUAUUUUUUCCUAUUUUUUUUAACAUUGUCGCUUAGGGUUGGGGUUAGAAUCACUUUCUCUUACAUUUUUAGAAAUCCUUACCCGAACCCCAAAUCUCACCCCAACUCCAGGCGAGAAUAGUUUUAAAAGCAGAAGAAAAAACAUGAAGAAACCAAUGCAUAAAAGUACAUCUUUAUCCAAACCCCAAAUUUAAGCUCAACCGGAGGCGACAAUGAUUUAAAAAAAAGAAAAAACAAAACAUAAAAUUAAAUGAAAAAGAAAGUCGUGCCACGGACACGAAAAAUGCUGAAUUUCGUGCCAUUGACACAAAUAAAUUAAUCAAAUUUUUUGUGACUAAAACACGAAUUUUCGUGAGAUUAUGUUGCGCAAAUGAUGUAAAGACAAACAUUAAUAUCUGACUUAUUUUUACCUCUGCGUAGUCGUUUUUAUUAUUCUAGCUAAUGUAACUUGAGGUAAUUUACAGCCUCUCUGUUUACGCAAAACUUUUGAUGUUAACUCUGGAUUUUUUGCUUAAUCUUUCAAAUCUAUACAAUGUGUUUAAAAGCACUUUUGACGUGCAGAACUGUUGUUUGUUUGCGUUUGCUAAAUACCUCCUUAAAAUCCAACCCAAUUAGUAAAAUGGGCUUGUUUGGGUUGGGGGCUUUUUGCUAUGAAAGAUGAGAUGAAACAAAUAUCUCUUACAUGUCCAAUGUGUACCAUGACCUAAAAGGGCAAACAUAGUUUUUGGGAGGAGUCUUAUGCUAAGCUUUAAAUGAGCACAAAUAUCUUAAUAGGACUUCAAAGAGGAGAAAAAAGAUCUGCUUGCGGGUUCACUCUCACCCAAUACUAAGGAAAGAAUAAUACUGUGCAUACGAGAAACAACGCUUUAAAUCACACUGGCUAGAAUGGACCAAACAGAUCUCCAGCAUGAAGCCAAAACCAGCAUUUUCAGGUCCUUAUGGGGUAAACCCAACAAAACCGCCUCCCUAGAUCUAAUCCACCUCUUCGGUGACUGUAUCCGAGCGGCUUCAUCCAGGACUAAAGACUAUUUGCUCUUCAGGGACCCAGAAAACAAAUUCCACCCAAAUCCUUCAACACUUUGCGAAAUCUUUCUGAUGACUUACAUCCAACGCAGCAGCCAGUUAAAUCUCACCAACAUCUUCAAUUGUACUGCCAUGACCCCAGAACAGAGAGUCUUACUUGGUGCCCAAUGGGUUUGGGCCGUGUUAGACUAUCCAACCAAGAACCCCCGAAUUCAGAUCGCAGUCCAGGUUUUUCAUCUUCUUCCAGAGAGAAUGGAGGAGAACUUCGAGGAACUGUCCUUAGAUACCUACAGCGAGAUCAUGCGUAUGGCUGGGAUGGAGGUGGUGAAUGGUACUCAAGCAGAGAGAAUGGUGGAUUUCUGUUCUUCCAUUGGCAGAGAUUGUUACGCUUUAUUCCUCUUCUUCGGACGUGAAAACGACGAGGGUAACAUUUAUGGGUUGUUAAGCAACAACCUGCAAGCAGCUGUUGGGAAGUGUGUACGACUCGAUCGUUCUUUUAUCGAUCACUUCUUUAAGGGGGCAAAAUGCUUUGUCACUCCAAGUGGGAUGUUGCGAGCGCUGGUUGGUAAGGAAGGUGAUGACCCUCUCACCAUGCUUGUUAAAUUUACCUAACAGCUAAAUUUAUAGCAGUUGGUCUUGAAUUUAUUACCAUUUGUUGGUUUAUGGGCUGCUCACCGUAACAGAUACAAUGCAUUUAGCAUUGAGUAAACAUGCUGCUUUGUGAUGUCUUUCUUUCAACUUGCAAAUGUUUGUCAGCAAUACCUAACUGUUACUUUAUA